CCGACUCCGAGGUACACGCGCGCUAUCGCCCGCUGCGCACAGCAACGCCGGCCCCUGCGGCCAGGAGCCUCCGGCGCUUCCACCACCCUUACACUACCACUCCAUCUGCGGGGGCAAAGCGCCACGGACGCCGGCGUUCGCACACGGGGCUCGCUCUCAAAAGAAAUGGAAAUCGUGCCCGAGGGGAAAAAUUUUCGAUUGGUAUCGGAAGACGAGCUCCCAGCGGUGGCCGACACGCUAGUGCAGUAUAUGCCUGAAUCUCUUAAGUUUCAUCAGACGAUUCAAACAUAUCUAAACAACAAGGUGUGGGACUUCAAUUUUUAUGUAGCCAAGAAUUGGCCGGAGGAUCCGAUCUGUGUGCAUUUCCCUGGCUGUACUAGUACGCCGAACAGUCUCCCCUACGAGAGCGUGACAGCAUUCUGUCCGUCAGAGCGGGCAGAACUGAUUGACCUGGUGACGUCCGAAGACGUCCUGUUGGACUUGACUCAGCCUUUGUACCUGAACUUCACUCACGAAGCUAUAGUGAACCGCUUCGAGAGACACUAUGAGGCGCAUGACAAGAUCACUGGCGAUGUCUACGUGUGCGACAACCCGCCGGCGGACGCUGAAGAAGAAUUGCCACCGGACGUGGAGCUAGUGCGGCUGCGGCCCGAGCACAUGAAGGCGGUGCACGACCUGUACCCGGCGAGCGACAUCGAGUGCCGCGAGGUGUUUGAGAAGCUGGUGGCCGAGCUGCCAGCAUACGGCAUCUUCGUAGAAGGCCAGCUCGCCGCCUGGAUGGUGCAGUCCUACUACGGCGCCAUGUUCUCCAUGCAGACACGCCCCGAGUUCCGCAGGAAAGGCUACGGCAUCUACCUUGCCCGCAAACUCACCAAAGAAGUCGCCGCUCGUGGCUACAAACCCUUCGUCGUCAUUCGUCCCGAAAACGACGCGUCCCGCUCGCUCUACAUGAAACUCGGCUUUGAGAAGCGUUUCCGAACGGUGCGCGCCGUCUUGCGCCCGCGUCUUUCGAGCGCGUAAAAGUUGAUCACUAGCAGAUUUUAUUUUUUUAAGACUUUUGAAAAAUCAAUUUAGCUUGCGAUCUUUGAUCGCUUAGAGAAUUCUAGUAGUAGCUUUAAGAUUGGAGCGGCUAGUGCUCUCGAUCUGUGUGAUUCAGUCUUUAGCUAAUUAAUUCGAAGAUAUGGCCUUUCUGCUAUUAGCUUUUUUAAAAUUCUAGAAACUUCUUGUCUUUUCUCUUAACGACGACAACGAAUAGCUUUCUUGUUGAACUUGUUGAAUGGAUGAAUGUUCCUCAAAUGUUAUGUCCGACUAUUUUGAUACAUGUCCACUAGUUACCACUUUCUAAGCUUCGGAGGCAGAUUCGAGAGCUUUAGCCGUUUGCAGCGUUUUUUGGCGCUAGCCUAGUUACUGAUCUCAACGAUUCUGGGAGUAGUUGCAUCAAGAGUGAACUUGAAACGAAGAGAUAAGGGUAAAUCUAACGUGCCCACUUCGAUGAUUGAUGAAUGUAAGUUAUGACAGGCCAGUGAGAUAUUAUGGUAAAUAAAAAAUAAAUAAUUUACGUAGCAGUCUAGGGAGUUGAAUAGGUUACACAGCUUCUUGAUGCGACGCCCCUCUCUCAUUUAGGCGAACGCUUCAUUACCACUCGUUGACCGAGCGGAAACUGUUCUGUCUCAUGGUUUAUAAAAUUUUGGGACCCGUUAUGAUCUGAAGUGUGAUAAAAACGUUAGAGUACGUAUUUUACCUGUUAUUGACAAAUGUACAUGAGAAAGAAAGGUUGCCGACAUUGCACCCCCUGUCUGCACAACUCGAAAACAUUUAAAGCACCAUAAGUUAACAAUAAGCAAAGAAUUUUAAAAUAAUAGGGUAACUCUUAACUUUCUUUCUUUCAUUGCGUUGAGUUAAAAGUAUGUAAGUAUAUGAAGGGGUAUCGUGUAGUCUAUCAAUGUGAUGGCAGAGUAUAGAAACGAGGUUUAACAGCUGAGAACAUCGGCAUUGAGACAAACUUAAGUAAUGUCUUCUGUAAAGGCUCACAAUUUGUCCGUUAGGUAGAUACUAGGUGCUAACCAUUUUCAGUUACCAGGCAUCUAAAACUUUUUAUAAAACAAAAAGACAUUGUUGGAGUAUUAUGUGAAAAUCAUUAAAAUUUGAUACGAAAAGUAGAUAGGUAGGUAUUUUAAUACGGGAAUGUAUUUUACAACUAUUAUAUUGAAGUAUUGUAUUGGAAAAGUUUGCUAUAAAUAUUGUACCCGAGAUAGACGACCGCUUAGAAAUGUAUUUAAUUUGUAAUAUUUAUUACCUAACUAACGGGAAUGUGUGAUACUACUUAUUUAUUGUUUAAUUUAUUUAGUAAUUCGCUUAGUUUUAUUGUUUAAUCUAGUUAAGACUGGAAUACAUCUUUGGUAAAGACAAAGUAACAAUUAUAGCUACAUUUAAGGGAAAAGCGUUUUCAUAAUUAUAAAUAUCACUAUAUAAUAAAUAAUGGUGUAGCUUUCUUUGCUAUUGUUGAAUAAUUUAUUCUCAGCCACUUACUUUGCAAGAACUAAAAGAUAUCAAUUAAAUUAAAUUCUUGCUCAACACAAAGAGCUUCCACAAUAAGUCUAUGUUCUUAAAAUUAUAAUAAAUUCAACAAAAUUAAUGCCAAAUUAUUGUUUUUGUUUGUAAUUGGAAUUGUGCUUGUCUUUAUUAAAUAAUAAAGUUUUGAUUGGGACAGGAAAAAAUAGGAUAGUGAACAAUUAAAUGAUAUUCUACGCGUAAUGUGAUCACCUCAAUAGGUACUUCGAAAAACUUCGAAUUAGCAGUGGCGGGAAAACUGCAUGAGGUACAAAUAAUUAGGAACAACAUAUUUAAAGCAUAAUCAAUCACUGCUAAAUCGAGAAAUACUGUCAUUUACAUGUAAUCAUGCUAUAAGCUUUCCUACUAACUCAGUAGGUCUAAUACAUGUCGAGUAAGUAGUUCGAGAAUUUACGAAAUUAUUAAUUGUAAGAACUUUUUCUGAACACUAUCCUUACCUUAUCUUAAAAUAAAGGACACAAUCUCCGUCCUCAGAAACCGGCAGUGGAAACAACGCGGCAUAUUUUGAAACCCCCGCAAACGCAUAAGAUUGUAGUGUUCAUUCUGUAUUGUUUCACUUACCUACCUUUCAAAGGUACAACAAAAGAAUUAAAACAGUAUACAAAAUGU